GCCGGGGGGCUCGCGCCGUGUGCCGAUGGGGGCGGGGAGAAGUCCUCCAGGGCCCGGACAAAAGCCGGAUCCUGGGCGGCCACGGGAGGCUGGAGCGCUCCAGGUAGUGGCGGUGUUUUGCGGCCUGUAGACCGAGCGCCGCUCACAGACUUUCGCAGAGAGGUAGAGCAGGGCCCUCCGCAGCAAUGUCGGCCAAGGCGAUCUCCGAGCAGACAGGCAAAGAACUCCUCUACAAGUACAUCUGCACCACCUCGGCCAUCCAGAACCGGUUCAAGUAUGCCCGGGUCACCCCUGACACUGACUGGGCCCACCUGCUGCAGGACCACCCGUGGCUGCUCAGCCAGAGCUUGGUGGUUAAGCCAGACCAGCUGAUCAAACGGCGUGGAAAGCUGGGCCUAGUUGGGGUCAACCUCACUCUGGACGGAGUCAAGUCCUGGCUGAAGCCACGGCUGGGACAGGAGGCCACAGUUGGCAAGGCCAGAGGCUUCCUCAAGAACUUUCUGAUCGAACCCUUCGUCCCCCACACUCAGGAGGAGGAGUUCUACGUCUGCAUCUAUGCUACCCGAGAAGGGGACUAUGUCCUGUUCCACCACGAAGGUGGGGUGGAUGUGGGUGACGUGGACGCCAAAGCCCAGAAACUGCUCGUUGGUGUGGACGAGAAGCUGAAUCUUGAGGGCAUCAAGAAACACCUGUUGGUCCACGCCCCCGAAGACAAGAAAGAAAUUCUGGCCAGCUUUAUCUCCGGCCUCUUCAAUUUCUAUGAGGAUCUGUACUUCACCUACCUCGAGAUCAACCCCCUUGUGGUGACCAAAGAUGGCGUCUACAUCCUUGACUUGGCAGCCAAGGUGGACGCCACCGCCGACUACAUCUGCAAAGUGAAGUGGGGUGAUAUAGAGUUCCCUCCCCCCUUCGGGCGGGAGGCUUAUCCAGAGGAAGCCUACAUUGCAGACCUGGACGCCAAAAGUGGGGCAAGCUUGAAGCUGACCUUGCUGAACCCCAAGGGGAGGAUCUGGACCAUGGUGGCCGGAGGUGGUGCCUCUGUCGUGUACAGCGAUACCAUCUGCGACCUAGGGGGUGUCAACGAGCUGGCGAACUACGGGGAGUACUCGGGCGCCCCCAGCGAGCAGCAGACCUAUGACUAUGCCAAGACGAUCCUCUCCCUCAUGACCCGCGAGAAGCACCCUGAUGGCAAGAUCCUCAUUAUCGGAGGCAGCAUCGCCAACUUCACCAAUGUGGCCGCCACAUUCAAGGGCAUCGUGAGAGCGAUUCGAGAUUACCAGGGCCCCCUGAAGGAGCAUGAGGUCACGAUCUUUGUCCGAAGAGGUGGCCCCAACUACCAGGAGGGCUUACGGGUGAUGGGAGAAGUCGGGAAGACCACUGGGAUCCCCAUCCAUGUCUUUGGCACUGAGACUCACAUGACGGCCAUUGUGGGCAUGGCCCUGGGCCAUCGGCCCAUCCCCAAUCAGCCGCCCACAGCGGCCCACACUGCAAACUUCCUCCUCAACGCCAGCGGGAGCACGUCGACUCCAGCCCCCAGCAGGACGGCGUCUUUUUCUGAGUCCAGGGCGGAUGAGGUGGCACCUGCAAAGAAGGCCAAGCCCGCCAUGCCACUAGAUUCAGUCCCAGGUCCAAGAUCCCCGCAAGCCUCACCACCGCCGACUUCAUCCCAGACUCCCAGCACCAGGGACAAGUUCAGAUUUCUCUGGGAUUUGGGUGGAAGACAGAAUGGAGAAGGAGAGAGAGAGACCCGGAAGGGAAAGAGCGCCACCCUCUUCAGCCGCCAUACCAAGGCCAUCGUGUGGGGCAUGCAGACCCGGGCCGUGCAGGGCAUGCUGGACUUUGACUACGUCUGCUCCCGCGACGAGCCCUCGGUGGCUGCCAUGGUCUACCCUUUCACCGGGGACCACAAACAGAAGUUUUACUGGGGUCACAAGGAGAUCCUGAUCCCCGUCUUCAAGAACAUGGCUGAUGCCAUGAAGAAGCACCCGGAGGUGGAUGUGCUGAUCAGCUUUGCCUCCCUGCGCUCGGCCUAUGACAGCACCAUCGAGACCAUGAAUCACGCACAGAUCCGGACCAUCGCCAUCAUAGCUGAAGGCAUCCCCGAGGCCCUCACGAGGAAGCUGAUCAAGAAGGCGGAGCAGAAGGGAGUGACCAUCAUUGGACCUGCCACUGUUGGUGGCAUCAAGCCCGGGUGCUUUAAGAUUGGGAACACUGGCGGGAUGCUGGACAACAUCCUGGCCUCCAAGCUGUACCGCCCCGGCAGCGUGGCCUAUGUCUCGCGUUCAGGCGGCAUGUCCAACGAGCUCAACAAUAUCAUCUCUCGGACCACAGAUGGCGUCUACGAGGGCGUGGCCAUCGGCGGGGACAGGUACCCCGGCUCAACAUUCAUGGAUCAUGUGUUACGUUACCAGGACACCCCAGGAGUCAAAAUGAUUGUGGUUCUUGGAGAGAUAGGGGGCACGGAGGAAUAUAAGAUCUGCCGGGGCAUCAAGGAGGGCCGCAUCACCAAGCCCGUGGUCUCCUGGUGCAUCGGGACCUGUGCCACCAUGUUCUCCUCCGAGGUACAGUUCGGCCACGCUGGAGCUUGUGCCAACCAGGCUUCUGAAACUGCAGUAGCCAAAAACCAGGCUUUGAAGGAGGCCGGAGUGUUUGUGCCCCGGAGCUUCGAUGAGCUUGGAGACAUCAUCCAGUCCGUGUACGAGGAUCUCGUGGCCAGAGGGGUCAUCAUACCUGCUCAGGAGGUGCCGCCCCCGACGGUGCCCAUGGACUACUCUUGGGCCAGGGAGCUGGGCUUGAUCCGCAAACCUGCCUCGUUCAUGACCAGCAUCUGUGAUGAGCGAGGACAGGAGCUCAUCUACGCGGGCAUGCCCAUCACUGAGGUCUUCAAGGAGGAGAUGGGCAUCGGCGGGGUCCUCGGCCUCCUCUGGUUCCAGAAAAGGUUGCCCAAGUACUCCUGCCAGUUCAUUGAGAUGUGCCUCAUGGUGACGGCUGAUCACGGGCCAGCCGUCUCUGGGGCUCACAACACCAUCAUCUGUGCUCGGGCCGGGAAGGACCUGGUUUCCAGCCUCACCUCGGGACUGCUCACCAUCGGCGACCGGUUUGGGGGUGCCCUGGAUGCAGCAGCCAAGAUGUUCAGCAAGGCCUUUGACAGUGGCAUCAUCCCCAUGGAGUUUGUGAACAAGAUGAAGAAGGAAGGAAAACUCAUCAUGGGCAUUGGUCACCGAGUGAAAUCGAUAAACAACCCAGACAUGCGCGUGCAGAUCCUCAAAGAUUACGUCAGACAGCACUUCCCUGCCACACCCCUGCUUGACUACGCGCUGGAAGUAGAGAAGAUUACCACCUCGAAGAAACCAAACCUUAUCCUGAAUGUAGACGGUUUAAUUGGAGUUGCAUUUGUAGACAUGCUCAGAAACUGUGGGUCCUUCACUCGGGAGGAAGCUGAUGAAUAUAUUGACAUUGGAGCCCUCAAUGGCAUCUUUGUGCUGGGAAGGAGUAUGGGCUUCAUUGGACACUAUCUUGAUCAGAAGAGGCUGAAGCAGGGCCUGUAUCGUCACCCAUGGGAUGAUAUUUCAUAUGUUCUCCCGGAACACAUGAGCAUGUAAUGGAGCCAGGAACCCUGCUACAGUAAAGUGAAGACGAGAACUCCUCCCCCUGGGAAAUAGCCACAGACAGCUGGCACUGGAGCUUGCUUAAAGGAUGGGCCUGGAAUGUAAACAGCCACCAGUGUACAGGCACCGACGACCAACACCCACAGGCUAACACUGUUCAGUCUACACAAAGAAGCUUAAUAUUUUUUUUAUAAGCAUAGAAAUAAGAACCCAGCCAAUACUUGUAACAUUUGCUCUGCUACCUGCUGUAUUUAUUAUAUGGAAGCAUCUGAGCACUGUCAGGAUAGUGUUUUUACUCAUUGUAGGGUGUUACAAUGUUGCUUUCUUUUUUCCAUUAGUUAAAAAAAUGUUUUCCCCUUGAAGGAAGGGAAUGACACUUCUAAGACCUCAAGAUACUCUCCCUUUAAAGGACCCCUAAUACCUUGUUUUUCCUUUUCACUUUUCUUCCUCCUCAUAUAACCUGAAGAGCAUUGUAUUAAUCUGAUUUUUUUUUUUUUAGGAUCUUUUCGUAUGUUGUGUGUUAAGAGUUUGUUUGGUAUCCCCCUGAAGUGUUCCCUGUUGCAGACCAAUGUCAGGGGGACAGGACCAUUGCAUCCUUAGCCAUUGUUACAGAAUAUGUGGAGCAGUAAUUUAAAAUGUAAAGUCGUAACAUACAUAUGUUUAAAAUGGAAGUGCAAAGCAAAAAGCUGUGAAAUGUCUUGUGUCUUAACAUUCUCUGUAUUUAUGCAACUGACUUGUCUGUUAUCGACUUGUCUUCAGUUUGCAUCUGUAAUCCACAAAGAUUCUGGGCAGCUGCCACCUCAGUCUCUCCUCUGUAUUAUCAUAGUUUGGUUUAAAUAAACUAUAUAGUAACAAUGAAAA